AUGGGCCACGAAACUCUGCAUAUUGGUGGGAGAAAAUCUAGUUUGGCGGUAAUACAAUCCAACCAUGUUUUAAAACUGAUCCAGGAAAAACAUCCGGAAUACGACUGCAAGGUUUUCACUUUGCAAACCCUUGGUGAUCAGAUCCAGUUCAAGCCUCUCUACUCAUUUGGUGGUAAGGCCUUGUGGACGAAGGAGCUAGAAGAUCACUUGUAUCACGAUGAUCCUUUGAAGAAGCUUGAUCUGAUUGUCCACUCCUUGAAGGACAUGCCCACACUAUUGCCCGAGGGGUUUGAACUGGGAGGUAUCACCAAGCGUGUCGACCCGACAGAUUGUCUUGUUAUGCCUUUCUACUCUGCGUACAAGUCUCUAGAUGACCUUCCAGACGGGGGCAUCGUGGGCACCUCUUCUGUUAGAAGAUCUGCUCAACUGAAAAGAAAAUACCCAAAAUUGAAGUUCGAAAGUGUUAGAGGCAAUAUACAAACUCGACUACAAAAACUUGACGACCCUAAGUCUCCAUACCAAUGUAUCAUCCUGGCAUCCGCCGGGUUGAUGCGUAUGGGGCUAGAAAAUAGAAUUACUCAACGGUUUCACUCAGAUACUAUGUAUCAUGCGGUGGGGCAAGGCGCCCUGGGAAUAGAAAUUAGAAAAGGCGACUCCAAGAUGAUGGCUAUUCUGGACGAUAUUUGCGAUCUGAAUGCCACUAUAUGCUGUCUAUCAGAACGUGCCCUGAUGAGGGCUUUGGAAGGUGGUUGUUCCGUCCCCAUUGGUGUAGAAACCACAUAUAACGAAAAAACAAAGAAACUGCUACUAAAGGCCAUUGUCGUUGACGUAGAUGGUACUGAGGCCGUGGAAGACGAAAUUGAAAUGUUGAUAGAAAAUGUCAAGGAAGAUUCCAUGGCUUGCGGUAAGAUUUUGGCUGAAAGAAUGAUUGCCGACGGUGCCAAGAAAAUUCUGGAUGAAAUUAAUUUAGAAAGAAUUAAGUGA